AUGGAUGGAACAGAAGGUCUGGGGAGUGAGGGAGUCCAGGAUGUUAAUGAGGCCUUGAUCAGGGUUCAUAUCCCUGCAGGACGUCUUUCUUCUUACUCAGAUAAGCUCCUUCAAGAAUCUCUUCUUCCCCAAAACAAGAGAAUUGAGGAUGAGGAGGGAAUGAUUGCAGGAUUCCAGGCAUGUUUGCUUCAGGAACCAGUGACAUUCAGGGAUGUCACCAUACACUUCACCCAAGAGGAGUGGAGCCAUCUGGAUCCUACUCAGAGAGACCUGUACCGACGUGUGAUGCUGGAGAACUACAAGAACCUCAUCUCUCUAAACUCCCUUAGUGAGAAGAUCUGGUUUGAAACCCUGAACUCAAGUUUGAUGAAAGACAAAUACCUAAGAGGAUCAUCCACGAAAACACUGUCAAAGAAAAGGUUACGGCUGUCCAAGAAGGGAGAAGCUGGGGGAUAUGAUGUCAAUCUAAAGAAAGAAAAGAUGAGCUGGGAAAGACCAUCAAGACAAGAGGAACCUAAGUGUAAAAAAUGGAAGAAGCCCUUCAGUUACCACUCAGACUUAAUUAAAUUUCUUAGAACAAAUGCUGGAGAAAAGCUUCACAAACACAAUGAAUGUGGGGAAGCCUUUUCCAGAAGAUCAGAUCUUAUUGGACGAAAGACAUUUCAUUCUGGCAAGAAACAUUACAAAUGUAAUAAAUAUGGAAAAGCCUUGAGCCAUAGGGGAAACUUGACUAAACAUAAGAGAACUUAUACUGGAGUGAAGCCCUUUCAAUGUAAUGAAUGUGGGAAAACCUUCCGUCAGAGGGGACAACUCAUUUAUCAUCAGAGAACUCAUACUGGAGAGAAACCCUUUGACUGUAUUGAAUGUGGGAAAGCCUUCAGCUGGAGGGCAAACCUUAUUAGACAUCAGAGAACUCAUACUGGACUCAAACCCUUUGAAUGUAAUGAUUGUCAGAAAGCCUUUAGCCAGAGAGGACAUCUCAUUUAUCAUCGAAGAAUACAUACUGGAGAAAAACCCUUUGAAUGUAGGGAAUGUGGGAAAGGCUUUAGCCGGAGGGCUAUCCUUAUUACCCAUCUGAGAACUCAUACUGGAGAGAGACCCUUUGCAUGUAAUCAAUGUGAGAAAGCAUUCAGUGAAAGGGCAAGCCUAAUUACUCAUCAGAGAAUUCAUACAGGAGAGAAACCUUUUGCAUGUAAUGAAUGUAGGAAAGGUUUUAGUCGAAAAGGACAACUUAUCACCCAUCAGAGAAGUCAUAGUGGAGUGAAACCUUUUGCAUGUAAUGAAUGUGGGAAAUCCUUCAGUGAAAGAAGAGGCCUUACUACUCAUCAGAGAACUUAUACUGGAGUGAAACCCUUUGAAUGUAAGGAAUGUAGGAAAGCCUUCAGUCAAAGGGGACACCUCAUUUAUCAUCAACGAAUUCAUACUGGAGAGAAACCUUUUUAUUGUAAUACAUGUGGAAAGGGCUUUAGCCAGAAGGGACAUCUUAUUAGACAUCAGAGAACACAUAUUGACAUGAAACUUUUAGAAUACAAUGACUAA